UCUUUCUUUCUUGUUUUCGUUCUCCUCCUUCUACUCUUCUCUUUUGCUUCAUUCACUUCUCUACCCAUUUCCACUUCUAUUUCUUCCAUUCUCUUCUUCAAUGCUUCUUUGGCAGCUUCAGCUACAAAAUUCAAAGCUUUAACAUCUUUGAAAUCAAACACACACAAAAAGUUCAUUCCUUUUGGUACCCUUCAUAUCCAUUGGGUAGUAACCUUUUGGGUUCAGCAACUACCAUCAUGUCUCAAACUAACUGGGAAGCUGAUAAGAUGUUAGAUGUGUAUAUCCAUGAUUACCUGGUAAAGAGGGAUUUGAAGGCUUCUGCUCAGGCUUUUCAAGCUGAGGGGAAAGUUUCCUCUGACCCUGUUGCUAUUGAUGCCCCGGGAGGUUUUCUGUUCGAGUGGUGGUCGGUUUUCUGGGACAUUUUUAUUGCGAGGACUAAUGAGAAGCACUCGGAGGUUGCAGCCUCUUAUAUUGAGACACAACUAAUGAAGGCCAGGGAGCAACAGCAGCAGCAACCACAGCAGCCGCAGCAGCAGCAACAACAACAACAACAACAGCAGCAGCAGCCGCAACAACCACAACAACAGCAGCCCCCACAACCACAACCGCAGCAGCAGCAGCAACCACCGCCACAACAACAGCAAGGUAGGGACAGGGCUAAUCUCAUAAACGGCAAUACGAAUGGGUUAGUUGGGAACCCGGGAACUGCCAAUGCACUAGCAACAAAGAUGUAUGAGGAGAGGCUAAAGAGAGAUUCUUUGGAUGAAGCAGCAAUGAAGCAAAGAUUCGGUGGCGAGAACAUGGGUCAAAUUUUGGAUCCUAAUCAUGCCUCAAUUUUGAAGUCAGCUGCUGCUACUGGCCAGCCUUCAGGGCAAGUUUUGCAUGGUGCUACUGCGGCUGGCAUGCCUCCACAAGUUCAAGCUCGUAGUCAGCAAUUAGCAGGGUCUACUCCAGAUAUAAAGAGUGAGAUUAAUCCUGUACUGAACCCUAGAGCUGCGGGUGCUGAAGGAUCAUUGAUGGGAAUUCCUGGACCAAAUCAAGGUAGUAACAAUUUGACUUUGAAGGGAUGGCCACUCACAGGUUUGGAGCAACUCCGCUCUGGUCUACUCCAGCAACAAAAGCCUUUCAUGCAGGCUCCUCAGCCGUUUCAUCAACUUCAAAUGUUGACACCACAGCAUCAGCAACAGAUAAUGCUUGCGCAGCAAGGCUUGGCAUCUCCAUCUGCCAGUGAUGACAAUAGAAGACUCAGAAUGCUGUUGAACAAUAGGAGUAUGAGCCUAAACAAGGAUGGUCUUUCAAAUCCUGUUGAUGUAGUGCCAAAUGUUGGAUCUCCACUUCAAGGUGGCGGCCCUCCUUUUCCUCGUGGAGAUACAGAUAUGCUAAUGAAGUUGAAAUUGGCUCAAAUGCAGCAGCAACAUCAGCAACAGCCAAACAGCAAUCCACAGCUGCAGCAACUUCAACAGCAUGCUCUCUCAAAUCAGCAAUCUCAGACUUCAAGCCAUAACAUGCAUCAGCAAGAUAAAGUAGGGGGAGGUGGUGGCAGUGUUACUGCAGAUGGUAGCAUGUCGAACUCAUUUAGAGGAAAUGAUCAGGCCUCGAAAAACCAGAUUGGGAGAAAGAGAAAGCAGCCUGUAUCUUCUUCAGGUCCUGCCAAUAGUACAGGAACUGCUAAUACAACAGGUCCAUCACCAAGUUCGGCACCCUCGACUCCCUCGACUCAUACACCUGGAGAUGUGAUAUCUAUGCCAUCUAUGACUGGUACUACUUCUUCAAAGCCAUUAAUGAUGUUCAGCACUGACGGCACCGGGACUCUUACAUCACCUUCAAACCAAUUGGCUGAUGUGGAUCGCUUUGUGGAGGACGGAUCUCUUGAUGAAAAUGUUGAGUCUUUUUUAUCCCAUGAUGAUACGGAUCCUAGAGAUACGGUCGGUCGUUGUAUGGAUGUAAGCAAAGGCUUCACGUUUUCUGAUGUAAAUUCUGUACGUGCUAGCACAAGCAAAGUUGUAUGUUGUCAUUUUUCAUCUGAUGGGAAAUUACUUGCAAGCGGUGGGCACGACAAGAAGGCUGUUUUAUGGCACACGGAUACCUUGAAGCAGAAGGCUGUUCUUGAAGAGCAUUCGUCUAUGAUCACCGAUGUUCGUUUUAGUCCAAGCAUGCCUCGUUUAGCAACAUCUUCAUUUGACAAAACUGUCAGGGUUUGGGACAUUGAUAAUCCUGGUUAUUCGCUUCGCACCUUUACAGGACAUUCAGCAUCUGUAAUGUCCCUAGAUUUCCAUCCAAAUAAAGAGGAUCUUAUCUGCUCUUGUGAUGGUGACGGCGAGAUACGAUAUUGGAGCAUAAAUAAUGGAAGUUGUGCAAGAGUCUUCAAGGGUGGCACCGCCCAGAUGAGAUUUCAACCACGUCUAGGGAGGUACCUGGCUGCAGCUGCAGAGAAUGUUGUUUCUAUACUUGAUGUGGAGACACAAGGAUGCCGAUAUUCAUUAAAGGGCCAUACGAAGCCGAUACAUUCCGUGUGUUGGGACCCUUCCGGGGAGUUGCUGGCAUCCGUGAGUGAGGACUCGGUCCGGGUUUGGACUCUAGGAACCGGGAGUGAAGGGGAAUGUGUUCAUGAUCUUAGCAGUAAUGGCAGUAAGUUUCAAUCAUGUGUCUUCCACCCGUCUUAUCCGUCGUUGCUCGUCAUUGGCUGUUACCAGGCAAGUCUACCUUAUAUGUUUCCUUGUCCAAUUUCUUUCCCUUUGAUAGUGGUGAAUUUAGCUGUCAUGAUCUUUCCAUACACAAUAAAAACCGAGGUUUGUUCGAGAAUCAUGCUUGGUAAGAAAGGGUUGCAAUGAACCAUUGCCCUUCUU